UUCUCCUAGGAAACAGGUCCCAACAGGGUGGAGACGGGGAGGCCUUGGGCUGGCCCGGGGGGGUGGGGCACCCUCCUCCCGACCACUAAAGCUUACUCAACCUCUGGAAGCAACAAAAGCUGGGAGGUGCCUCAGACCACAAGAGAGCUCAGAGGACCUUCUGGAGUCAGCCAAGGAGCCGGCAUGGUGAAGCUGGCACCCUUGUCCGUGCCAUGGGAACGCAGGCUGCAGACCUUGGCGGUCCUGCAGUGGGUCUUCUCCUUCCUGGCCCUGGUGCUCCAAACACAACACUGGAAAGUGAACUCCAAGAGGGUGAGAAUUUCUGUCCAGCGUUCAUGGCUGAACCAUUAGCAUCUGGCACAUCAGAAGAGCUCUGUGUUAAGUGUACAUCUGUGAGUCUCAACCUACUUCUUUUUGGAUUAUGAAUUAUUACUCUUCAGACCGAGUCAAAUGUCCCCUCCUCCUGGUAGGCUGCCAGGGAUGACAGCCCAGGAUACCAUACUUCCAAAUAUACAAGUGGAAGCCGACCUUCUUUUAAGAUUUUGAGUGCAUGGUGUUACGUGGAAGGCGUGGGAUGGGGAGGGAGCAGUAUUCUCUAGGAAGGAGGCUCCACUGGCAACAGCUUAGGUUCAGCCCCAACAGACCACCUGACCCUGGAUUGAAGCCAAGACUAGCCUGUGGCUGGGGACCCAGAGUCAAAGGUCAGGGGGAAUUCUUUACCGGGCCUGGUGAGGGCUGUGCUGUACCCCUGACCCAUGAGCCAGCCAGCCUCUUCCUGCCUCCUUCAGCAGCGAAGGGCAUGGCAGGCUGAGGAAACAGCAUGAGCUAGAACCAAGAGACCGAGGAGCACAAGAGUUGUAGGAACACCGAGCAUUCUCGUGUGGCCAGAGCUUGGGGUGCAGGUAGGUGAGUGAGGCUGGAGGAGGGGGGUGCCGGGGCCUUCCAUGGGGAGCCUGGAUGCCAGGCUGAGCUGCUUGCGAUGUGCCUCAAAGUUGUGAGAAAGCCAUGGGAGGACUUUAGGUAGAGAGGGACCUGGCAGGGUUUGUCUAUGGAAAGAUGGGCAGAGAAUGGACAGAAUGAGGGCUGGGCAGAAGGAAUGGCUCCUUUUCUCUGAGGUCCCAAAGGACGGAAACUAGAAAUAGUUCGUUCAGUCACUUAUGGAGGAUCAGACCACUUACCUGGACGGAGAGGGAAAUGGAGGGGGGAGACCAGAGUCAGUAAGGCUUCAAAUCGAGGUUCCCAGUGUGACCCUGGGUGGGCUGUGUUCCGUCCUCCUUGAAGGCAUGAGAGGCUGGCUCCUUCCUCCCAGGGCGAGGGCUGGAGGGAACAGCGCGCGCUGAGCCUCGGGAGAGCUCCUUCCAACACAGCUCUGACUGCUGAUGCUUCCUGCUUCCUUCCUCAGCCCAGAUUUGCACUGUAGUCUUCAUAGGCCUCUUGUUCACAAGAUUCUGGUCCUUCAGUAUCCUGUAUGCGACCUGGUGGUACCUGGACCGAGACACACCACACCAGGGGGGCAGGCGCUCUGAGGCCAUAAGGUGUUGGCGCGUAUGGAAGUACAUGAAGGACUAUUUCCCCAUCUCGACAGACUAAACCCUUGGAUGUAAGUAGCUGCACUGGGCAACUGGCUGGGUGCACGAGGCUGGGGAGAGAAGUAGGGACAGAGAUGUGCCAGGCAGGAGCAAGAGGCCCUCCUCUGCAGACAGGAAAGAAGAAAUGUAUGGAGUGUGGCCCCUGAAGCUCAACAGACUAGGUUCUAAUACCAGUUCUGCAACAUACCAGCCAUGUGACCUUGGGGGCAGCAUUGUGGACUGCAGAUUCUGGACCCCCCACCUCCCAGGAGACCCUCCAGCUCUUCCACACACCUUUACAGCGCCAGCCCUGCAGGGAUCUUCGUGUGUCCCGAAGCUGGUCAAGACCGCUGAGCUGGACCCCUCCCGGAACUACCUUGCUGGCUUCCACCCCCACGGCAUCCUGGCGACCGGAGCUUUUACCAACCUGUGCACCGAGAGCACAGGCUUCUCCUCCCUCUUCCCCGGCAUCCGCCCCCAUCUGAUGAUGCUCAACUUGUGGUUUCGGGUCCCCUUCUUCAGGGAUUACAUCAUGUCUGGGGGGCUGGUUGCAUCAGACAAGGAGAGCGCUGCUCACAUCCUGAGCAGGAAAACAGGUGGCAACCUGCUGGGCAUCAUUACAGGUGGCGCCCAGGAGGCACUGAACGCCAGGCCUGGAAGCUACAAGCUGGUGCUUCGGAACCGCAAGGGCUUCGUCAGGCUCGCCCUGCGGCACGGGGCGGCUCUGGUGCCAGUCUUCUCCUUUGGGGAGAAUGACGCAUUUGACCAGGUAGAGAACUUACCUGGCUCCUGGCUGCGCUGGUGCCAGGACCGGCUACAGAGGAUCAUGGGGAUCUCGCUCCCGCUCUUCCACGGCCGGGGCGUCUUCCAGCACAGCUUUGGUUUUCUGCCCUACCGCCGGCCCAUCACCACCGUGGUGGGGACGCCCAUCGAGGUGCAGAAGACACCGAACCCCUCGCAGGAGGAGGUGGACGGGCUGCACCAGCGCUACCUGAAGGAGCUGUCCAGGCUCUUUGAAGCCCACAAGCUCAAGUACAACGUCCCCAGCGACCAGCACUUGGAGUUCUGCUGAGCGCCCGGGGAGGCACCAGCCCUCCUCAGCACUGGCAUUAGGGAGCCCAGAGGGAGGAGCCGUGGUCCCAGGCGGCUUCCUGGAGGAGGUGUCCGCUGAACACAUCCCCAGAGCCUUCACGGACUGCGGUGCUGAUUUCCAGCCCGCGGCCGUCCCCGAGUCCCAGCUGGCAGCGUGCCAGAGGAGGGCAUCGGUCCCUUGCCCUCCUGCUGUGAGUCUGGAGCAUGAAGCCCACACCCUGCUCUGCCCACGUGAGCAAUGGGAGAGAUGCCGGGAGAGAAUGGUGCCUGGGGUCUCUGUCCUCUGUGGUCCUGUCACUCGGUGGGCAGGAAAAAGAGCAGCUCCAAAGACCAGGUUUGUUUUCCUCUGACUGAAGCAACAGCACAGAGGAAGCCACCAGCUGCACUGCAGCCCUUUCUCCUGCAAGCUCCCUCAUCCUGCUCACUUCUGUCCCACCCCCUCCUCCCUAGCUGGAGAGGAGGGCGUGGCCAUGAAGCCCCUGCACUCGCCCUGGGCGCCUUUGACUCUCUGAGUCCCCUGAGCCCUGGAGAGGUAUCCAGAGGGGCCCGGAACGGGAGAAGGACAACUGGGCUUGUCACUGGCUGAAUGACCUUGGGCAGAACACUUUGCUGUCCCUCUGAGCCUCAGUUUCCCCUGACUAAGAUGACCUCUGGUCUCUGUUCUGAUGUCACAGGCUGAGAGCUCUAUGAUGCAGCUCCUACUUAUCCUUUGUAACUUCAUCCUUGACCUUGGUACAAAAUGGGGGUCUCCAUAAAUGUCAAUACAAGAAAUUUGAAUUUUA